AUGGCUAAAUGCCUUGAAUUACAAUUUGUGUACGUCACAAUGGUGCUAGGGGAUUUCUUUAAGGCAAAUCGUAUCGAUAUAUACUUAAAUCAUCGUCGACGUUCAAUUAUUAAAGAAUUUUGUCUUUCAACAUCAACACAUGGUUUGCCAGGCGUUGCGCGGGCUUACUCAUGGAAAAAUUUUUUCUUCUGGCUAGUAUCGUUCCUAUGUUUCACUGGGAUUAUGAUCUAUUUUAUUGUGAAGUUAAUUUUAGCCUAUUUUCAAUAUCCAACACAGACAAAUGUUGGUUUACUGCUGCAAUGGCCACAAUAUUUUCCUGCAUAUACAGUUUGUAAUGCCUGUCCAUAUCGGUCCGAUUUACUCAUUAAUGAUUUGAUUAAUUAUACAAAUUCAAAAGGGUAUACAGAUACAAAUGAUACAAAUACAAUUACGUCCAUUCAAGCUUCUCAUAUUCAAGAAUUUAUCAUUGAUAUAAUCAAUUCAAAUGCAUCAAUCGAUAAUUAUGGCUUUUCUCUAUCCGAUAUGUUAAUAAAAUGUAUAUACAAUAAUAUACCAUGUUCUGCAUCUGAUUUUAUACAAUUUUCUUCGCCAAACUACGGAAUGUGUUAUACCUUCAAUGCUAAAGCUGUAAAUCAAUCCGCAGUACGUUAUACAAGUUACAAUGGUGAGCGAGGAGUUCUAGAUUUAGAAUUUUAUAUUCAUGAAAAUGUUUAUGUGCCAUAUAUAGUAGAAGGUACUGGUUUAGUAUCAAUGCUUCAUGAUAAUGUACAGGUACCUCAAAUAGAAAUCGAAGGUAAAGCUUUGGAACCUGGUAGGAAGCACCUAUUAACUUAUACGAAACGACAGGUAACAUUUUUGCCCGCGCCAUAUACAUCCUGCACUCAAGCUAUAUCACCUCAGAUGGAAGCAGUAUUUGCGUCUUAUAAUGGAGCAGAAUAUGAAUAUUCACAGCAGCUUUGCUACACGUUAUGUUUACAAGCAUUCACAUAUGCGGUUUGUGGAUGUGCUUCUCCUCUAUUUUGGAAUGUACGUAGUGUAGUUCUGCCGGGAACUAACAAUCUAAUAACUGCACCAUUAUGUAGUCCAAAUGAUAUAUGUUAUUCACAAGCCUCAAUAACUAUAACGUCAAACGAGACUCUCAUCAACCAAUAUUGUUCAUUGUGUAGCACAGAAUGUUUUCAAAGAAUAUUUAUUGCAGUACCAUCGGCAUUUAAAAGUCCGCGUAUGUGGGUAAAAAACAGAAUUCGUCAAUUUGUUGAAGAACGAAGUAACAUUUCAGUGACAUCACGACCGAUAGCAUUACCAGCAGACUGGAGUACAAAAUGGAGUGAUUAUAUUGAUAAUAAUUAUGUUGCGGUACAAGUUGUUCGAGGAUCUUUCACUGUUGAUUUCUAUGCACAAAGUGCUACAUUAUCAUGGGUAGAUCUUCUAUCUAAUGUUGGCGGUCAAACAGGACUAUGGAUUGGUAUGUCGUUUCUUUCCUUAUUUGAACUUCUCGAAACAUUUUAUCGUCUUAUUCGUCGGCAAUUUCAUAACCAGAACUCAUAA